AUGGAUCCUACUAAAUUAUUGAGCAUAUAUAAGAAUGUUAAGAGUGUUUAUGAUUUUUUAAAGAAAUUUAAUGACAAUGAUUUACAAAUGAAUGGUCAAUGGCCAACAGCACCGAAUAGAACAGUUUUAUUUGUGGCUAACGAUUCAGCUAUAUCUAAUUUCACUUCAGCUGGUCAACCAAAAUAUUGCACUGAUAAAAAUCACAUGGAAAUGUUUAAAGAAAUUGCUAUUAUAUGUAACCAUAAAGACUUAUUUAAACUCAUUAUUACAAAGUUUCGCGAAGAAGAUCCUAUUUCGCAAAAGGAUAUCAUAUCUUAUUUAAAAUAUAUCUGUGAGCAAUUUCCAGAUGAAUAUAUAUUAUCUAUGGAUAUAACAUGUUUGGAAGAGAAAAAUGUAUUUCUUCCUACUUAUAAUCGAUUUCGGCCACCUUCUAUGGUAGAAGUAAUGAUAUUAAAGUUAACAAUUACGGUUGAUUGA